AUGUUACGCCUCAGUGUGUCUUGCUUUGGGUUAAAGCGAAAGAACUCCACGCAUGUGCACAAGUUUCUUGAAGGAUGUCCCCUUCCAGAGACGCUUGUGGAUGACCUUGCGGGAGCGAACUUAAAGUCGUCUACGCCGUUCUUCAGCACGAUGCCACGUUACAUUGUGGCGAAGGAAAAUCGUCUGUCAACGUUGUUUUUUCAUCAUGCACUUUAUCCUGCGGGAGGGGCGCGGCGACCGUACCGUGUGGUGGUGGUCCGCGGUGGUCGCGGGGUGCGGAGUCAACCCGGCGUGGCCGUAACCCUCUCCAAAAGUGCUUUUGAGGAGAACUCCUGUCGUCUUUAUCGAGAUCCGGCACGGCGUCCGUUUUUCUACUCAAGGCCAGCUGCUCUGGCACCGUCUCGUUUCAGCCACGAAGUGAGGAACAAGGAUGAGGGAAAGAACGAGGCGCCCGUCAACUCCAGCAAUGUGACUGGUCAAGAAAAAGGCAUGACGGCAACGUCGUCGCGUUCUACCGAAGACAGCCUGCUAGCGCCCCUAUGUGGGGUUAUUGAAAGUCACUUUCUGGCACUCUUAAAGCAACACGCGAUAGAGGAGGGUGGUGGGAACGAGAUGACAGCCGACCCUACAAGAGCAAGAGAAGGUACAGGAAAAACAAUCGAGGAGGAACUGGCGACUUUGUUGAGUGGUGGUCACGGUGGUAUAAUGACGGCGGAGGAGGAAAGGGAUACGACGGUCUUAAGCCCCCCCUGUAGUGAUAUUGUGGGAAAGAUGCUGCGGAAUGUCGCGUCGCUUCCUUUUUCCUUCUUCCACGUCCACGUUCACUUGCCGUCCUCUGCUCUGUUUUUGACGCCAUCUACUACAAAAAAGAACACCGCCACUCAUGAGGCACGGGUACUCUUUGAUAAAAGCGAAGAGGAUCGUACACGAAAGUCGGUGGUGGCGCGACUUGCCGGCGGGUUAGAACCUGCUGUGGCCUUUGCUGUGGGAUCGCCUUUAGUUGUGCGUUGUGGCGCAACAUGUGGGAGUUCUGCGGGGUAUGAAGGUGUGGUGGCAGACGGGAUGCCGUUUGGACAUAUUCAGUGCCUUCUGCGCGUGUGUACUAGAGGGGGGAGAAGUGACGGCGGUGAUGAAGCGGAGGAAGUCGCAACAACACCCAAGACGUGCAGCGAACACCCCGAAUCCCUGAUGCACGAGUCUAACGCCUUUCCCGUGGCGACAAAUGACCGUGAGAGCAAUAAGAGAGAAAACGUUAAUGAUUAUCACGGCACUCCAAACGGAAUUUUAGAACCAUGGAAGCUUGGCGUGAGUUUGGACCCGAAGAUACCCUUUUAUGUGAGGACGAUGACAGAAAAACGACCUGCUGCAGCUCGCACUGGAAGUACAUUUGAUGAUGUCUUGUCAUCAUCUAGAUCAGGCGGUUGUACCCUGUUAGGGCGAAGGGAUUGUGAGACGUACAUUCUGCCUCAGCGCGAGUUGCUUUUUUCCUUUUAUGCUCCUGCGGAGGUGGUCACAAUGUGUGCACAACAAAAUGAAGAGCGAAUGCGGCGACAAGCGGCAUUGGGCCAUAGUGGUCCGACGCACGUGUUUGCAGAAGGUCCACGGACAGCGAGUCGACUCCUGCAGGGAGCGCAUUGCAAUCAUGCGGCAGCAGAGGAAGCAGCGGUAGCGGCGGCGUCCAAAUAUGGCACUGUUUGUGGAGCCACACCGCAAAACGGUUCUGUCAUGUAUGAAGUUCGGGCGCUGCCGGGUGACGUUGUGUUUGUCCCGCGGGGAUGGAGGUACAGUGUGGAGCGUAUUGUUGGUACGGCCAUUAUGAACGCCGCCGCCACGUCCACGCCCACAGAAGGAGUGAUGACAAGGAAGAAGACGGGAUCUGAUGUUUUGCCAUACGGAGAAAUAAGGACUGCCUUCAUGCAUAACAAACCCUCGACGCUUGCAUCCUUGUUGGGGAAGGUGCGCAAUGUGUCUAUGAAGACAGAAUCACAACUGAGGUGCAUGGAGGCCGCGGAAAUAUGUGGAGUUGAAGUGGAGGCCUUUUUACUGUGUUACAAACCGUAUCCCGUGUUAUCUGCCGAACAGGCCGCCGCAUAUGUCCCCUCCAAUUAUGUGCGCCGUGGCGUCGAGGAGUUUUACGCCAAGGGUGGGAAUGACGUAUUUCACAAGUACGUGUAA